GACAAACAGCACUCGGGUGGUCUCUCAGGUUUUUUUGCAGGACGACAGGCUCGGCUAGCAGCUAGCUCUGCAGGUAUAAGAACCUGUUCGAUGACCGUCCCUGUAAUCUCCACCGCUCUGCCCAGCUACAGCCCGCUACACCAGCCAGCACCACCACCUUCGCCACCAAAUCACCACCGAUGGACUCCCUCUCGAAGCUCUUUGGCAGCAAGUCCGACCUCCCCCUCGCCGUCGUCCAGUACAAGCGCGAAACUUUCGGCGUGGGCACCGAGGAAAAUCUACACUGGGCGAUCGUCGCCGUGGCCUCGAAUAAGUCUGGCAUCGUCGUGGGCGCGCUGUGGCAGGCCGUCAACCGCGUGAACCCUGACGGGCCGCGGGUCGUCUGGGAGCUCGACCACCGCACUCAGGUCGAGCUCAACGCUUCUGCGAGGUGCCUCGGCGGCGUCAUCAUCGGCAGCAUCAAGGGCAAGGACGUCGAGAAGCUCAACACUCUUAUUCAGAGCAACCAUAUGCCGCAGAUCAAGUCCCAGGGCUGGAACUGCAGGACAUGGGUGAUGGAAGUUAUCCAGUACACCCUUAUGUUGAAGGGGUGGGCCAAUAAGCCCAUCGCGACGGAGGCUUCGCUGCUUCCCUCUUUGAAGGUGGCGGCCAGAACCACUCGUGACGCCUCCAUCAAGGAAGGCAAGAUGCAGCCGUUGCUCAUCGACUUUAUCGCUUGA